AGGAGCCCGGAUAGCUGGCCGAAUCGUUUUGUGGCCCAAAGGCACAGCUGCUUUGUGUAGACGCGCUAGCUGUGGGCAGGAACCACAAGCGAACAGCGAAGAUGGAACCAGUUUUGAGGCGGUACGUGAAAACCCACGGCUAUGUGAUCGCCGUAGCAGCCUUGGUUUUCGGGAGCAUCUUUCUUACUCAAGUUCUGACCAACGACCAGCUGAACCGGUCCGUUAACGAAAAUGCAUACUUUCGGAUGCGACCGCUUCAACAGUUGAUCUUCUCGAUCGCGUGGGUCAUCGCCGGUCUGAUCUUCCUGCUGGGGCUGACGUGCGAGCGUAAGGAGGCCAUUUUACCGUUUGCCGCCAUCUUCCUGGCCGAGUGGAGUCUACUGGUGGUUCAACAGAUUUCCAGGCUCCAAUACCACAGUGUGCUCGCGGUGAUCCUUUCGCCGGAGAUGGUUUUCUACUUAAUUGUGGCAUUGUACGUGAGCUAUACUUUAGUUAUCCUCUACCGGGUGUUUGAUAGCCGAUGCAAGGAGGACGAAGAGGACAUCGAACAGGUACAUCGGCCUGUGAAGUUUUACUUCGGGGACGAUCCAGACGACACCAACAAUUAAGUCCGUCGAGAUGCGUGUGGAUUCGUUGUGAUUUAAGAAUUAUUUGCUUUAAGAAUUUGAUUUAAG